AUGAUUCGCGAACCCUUUAUGUGGAGUGUUCUUGGGGAUAUCGACCUGGUUACCUGGUGUCUAGAGCAUGGUGCGAGCGUGUUUCCAAGAGAUCAGGAGCCACUACGGGACGAUAUAAUCACUAUGUCCCAGCGCAAAUGCCAACAGGUGCUCGAAAAGGCUGCAUAUUCAUCCAAUGCCGAUCCUAGAGAAGAAGCCAGCCGCGGAGAAGAAGAAGAUAAAAAAGCCCCCAAAAGUGCACGGAAAUAUGAGGUGGUCGGGAUUGACGUGAAGGCUCCUGACCAACCACCGGGAAGAAAUCUGCCUGAUCGUUGGGGAACACAGACCUGUUACAUUCCUAAAUCCUAUGGAUUGGACACAGAUACGCGCGAACUGGCCUGGUUCUUGCUGGAUCGAGACGCGGAUCCAACCCCCGCUCUUGCUGUUGCGAAAUGCACUGAGCACAACAAAUUUAUAGCUGAUGUCGAGGCAUGGAGGGCAAGGCAGGCUGAUCGCCGCAAGUGUUGUGCUAUACAAUAG